AUGACUGGAUCCAACCCAAAGCUGUCUACUCCCAGGAAAGUGGUCUUAGGAAACAUGGGCAGCAAAGGGAAAGCAACAAUACUCAAUCAAACUCAGUGGGAUGAAAUGUUGUUAGUAAAAGGCCUAACAGUAGUGGAUGUGUAUCAGGCUUGGUGUGGGCCUUGCAAAGCAGUGGUGACCCUGUUCAGAAAGUUAAAAAAUGAAUACGGUGAAGAUGACCUUCUACAUUUUGCUGUGGCGGAGGCUGAUAGCAUUUUGACUCUCACCCCAUUUAGAGACAAAUGUGAACCAGCUUUCAUCUUCUGUGUGGAUGGCAAAAUGAUAGAUAUAGUAAGAGGUGCAAAUGGACCUCUCUUGACUAAAAAAGUAGUGACAAUAAUAGAACAAGAGAGAAAAAUCGUAGCAGGAGAAAUGACCCGGCCGGAGCCUGAUUUUGAAGAAUUUGUUGCCUUUAUGGUGGCCGGACCAAGUCACAUUCUGAUAGUUACAGAAGGUAAAAAAGCACAAGAAGUUAUGCCUCUUAUGAAAGAACUGGAUGAGGAGGAAGAGGAAGAGGAGGAAGAAGAAGAAGAAGAGGAGGAGACAGAGGAGAAGCAGGAGGGAGAGGGAGAAGCCCUUCCUGAAACAGAGAAACAAGAGGAUCAAGUUCCUGAAACUGGAAAGCCAAGCGGUUUGCAUAGUGUCUUGGAAGACCAGGAGAUGUUAAAUUUAUGUGAGAUUAACGAUAGCGUCGAAGAGGCAAGCAGGCAACUGGCCUUCUUCUUUCCGGAUUUUUCUAAAAAGAAGAAAGGCCCUGCCGUUGAGAGAACGUUGGCCUUGAUUAGACCUGCACUUUUAAGAGAAAGAAGGGAUUCUAUUCUCCAGAGGAUCAAGGAUGAUGGUUUCACAAUAGCAAUGCAAAAGGAAAUCGUUCUGUCCGAAGAGCAAGCACGCCAGUUUUACAAAGAGCAUGAGAAUGAAGAUUUCUUCCCAGUACUCCUAGAAGAAAUGACCAGCGGACCAACUCUGGCGCUUGGUUUGGUGAAAGAAAAUGCGGUACAAGAAUGGAGACAUUUACUGGGUCCAAAGAUUGUUGAGGAAGCAAAGGAACAAUGUCCAAGCAGUUUGCGUGCUGAGUUUGCCAUUGACAGCGCACCCAUCAACCAGCUACAUGGCAGCUCUUCAGUCACUCAUGCGGAAAAGGAGUUAGAGUUCUUCUUCCCAGUGGAGCACACCUUUGCGGUCAUUAAACCCACUACUCUUGAAGAACACAAAGAAACUGCUCUGAAGUGCUUUUACUCCAGUCCUAACACUUGCAGCUCCUACCUUGUAGGGAACCUCCUUGACGACAUUAUAGGAGAGGUAAAAGAGGCUGGAUUUAUCAUAUCUGAAAUGCAAGAAACACAAAUAAGUCCUGAUAUGGCAGCACAGUUUUAUAAAAAUCAAGAAGGGCAGCCCUUUUAUGAGCAGCUUGUGGAUUACAUGUCCAAUGGCCCAUCCAUGGUGAUGAUUCUAACCAAAGAAAAUGCUGUGGAAGACUGGCGGAAAUUAAUGGGGCCAACGGAUCCAGAACGAGCCAAGCAGACGGAUCCUAAUUCAUUACGUGCUCGAUUUGCUAAAGACAUUUUGCGCAAUGCUGUCCAUGGAUCAUCCAAUCGAGACCAUGCAUUAAAAAGCAUUGAAUUUGUCUAUGGAGAUAUUGAUCUGGAGAGCCUGAAGCACAAAUACGUAUAUCUGUAACAGAAUUAUCAGGAGAGUUUGUUACUGGCAAUGUGUGCCAGACAAAGAAAAUAAAGUUAUA